CUCACUGUGAAAUACAUGUUGUAAAUGAAAUGCCCCUUGCCCUCGCUGGAAAUGAAGUUGUAGGAGUCGACGUGUACUUCGAAUAACAUGUUGAAUUUAUUUUUCCUCGGUAGAAAGACUCCCAUUUGACUUACAACAGAACGAGGCCGUUGGGAUGCAAAAAUAUCAGGAUCUAAUUCUGCAGGUGACCGGAGCGAAGGCUGCGCGCAAAGGUGCCAAAAUACAAACUCUUUGGAGUGGAUAUGGGGAGAUAACGAAAAUUGACUUGGAAGGCUGUGACCGUCCGUCUGUGGUGGUCAAACACGUGAAAUUCCCACAGGAGUCCUCGCACCCGGGUGGAUGGAAUACCGACAUGUCUCACCAGCGCAAGGUGCGCUCGUACCAGGUGGAGACAUAUUGGUACCAGAACUAUGCCACUAACGAACGUUGCCGCAUUCCCGUUUGCCUCGCUGCUCGGUCUUUCGGCGAUGAGCAGGUGAUUGUCCUCGAGGAUCUCGACGUGGCUGGAUUCGAUGAGCGAAGGGAUAGUGUCAAGGACGGCGAGAUUAGGGCAUGCCUCAGCUGGCUAGCCAACUUCCAUGCGCUCUUCCUCGGGGUCGAACCAAAGGGGCUAUGGCCCAUAGGAACAUACUGGCACCUGGAGACCAGACCCGAUGAAUUGGAAGCCAUGUCAGACAAGCAGCUGAAGAAAUUCGCUGGCGAGAUAGACAGGAUACUCAACAACUGCCAGUUCAAAACUAUUGUACACGGGGAUGCCAAAUUGGCCAACUUUUGUUUCUCUGGGACGGGAAGUGGAGGGGUGGCAGCCGUAGACUUCCAGUAUGUGGGGGGAGGCUGUGGAAUGAAGGACGUGAUUUAUUUUCUGGGUAGUUGUAUGAAUGAGAAACAAUGUGAAAAGAGAGUUCCCGAGCUGUUGGACUACUACUUUUCUGAGCUUAGGGCAGCUGUUGGCCAACAGGCGAAUUUCAAGGACCUUGAGGCGGAAUGGAGGGACAUGUUUGCUUAUGCCUGGACGGACUUUCACAGAUUCCUGCUUGGAUGGAUGCCAGGGCACCAUAAAGUUAACAAGUACAGUAGGAAGCUUGCCCAAGAUGUACUAAGCAAGCUGAAGUGAGUUGAAUGCAGUGUCUGUAUAUCAGUGGGAAUAAAAAAUAUAUUUAUUAA